AUGCGCGGCACCACGUGUGUGCUGCUGUUAUGCGUGACAUGCAUUUACUGGGUGCUGGCUGUGUUGAUUCUCCUGCUGCGCGUCGUGGAUCCGCACAUGCGCGGCUUGGUACGCUACGGUGGUCGACAUGGAAAGGGCUCAACCGCCGCCGAUGGUGAUAAUAAUAAUAAUAUCGCUGCAGCUGGGAAGCGUGCGGGCGUGCAUGUUGUUUGCAAGGACAGGGUAAGCCCCACGGAGCACAGAGGGUGGCUCUGGAACGGCGUGACGGUUGCUGUCCGUGCGCUGGAGGGUUCCAUGUUGUGUCGUGUGCGUGUAGGUCGCAAGUGCGGUUUUUGUGCCUUUUACUUGACGGGUAUCGUCUCUGCCUUCCUGCUAUGGCAGACGUGGGCUUCGUCGCGUGUUGCCGCAAGCUGUUACGAGUCGCUGCCGCUGGCGGCAUUCUUUAUUCAUUGUGCGGUGCGCCUGUGGGAGUGUCUCCAGGUGCAUCGCUUUCGAGGUGGACCGCAGGAUACGGUGACGUUGUUUGCCGCACUCGCGGGGUGCUCCUUUUACGUAUUCGCGGUUAUCUCUAGUAGCCCCGUUAUCUGCAGCGUCGCCCGCGCGGUAGCCGAGAAGCCUGCCGCUUCCCGCGUCUUGGGAAGUGUUGCAGGGAGUCGUUCCUUUCCUGUUGUGCCAGUAACGACGGUGGGUGCCUUUCUUUUGCACUUGCUCCUGCAGAGGCUGCAGGGGCUGCAUCACGGCAUCUUGGCAAGGCUACGGGGUGCACCGAGGGCUUCGUCUGCUUCGUUCGAAGCGCCCAUCUCGGGUAGGAAGCGACACGCCGAUGAGGUGUGUUCCGGUGUUGAGGCAUCCGCCGCGGCAUCUGGCUCCUUCUACCGUUUCCCCAAUGCAUGUCUGUUUGCCUACGUGCUGGAGCCGCACUAUGCCUGUGAGAUUCUAAUGUACGUUGUAAAUGCUGUUAGCCUGUGGACAUUGACCUCCCACGAUGCCGCAUCGAUGCUGGAGGUGUGGCGCUCGAAAGGAGCCUACGGCACGCUGCUGCUGGCGGCAAGUUAUGCGACCCCACUGGGGGUUUUGUUGUUUUCACUGUUUAAUCUUGCCAUGACGGCCUCCGAGCACCGUCUGUUUUGGAACCAGUUGAAUGCGAGGCGGGAGCGCAAGGAAUCGGUUCCGCCUUGGAAUCUCUUUUACCGUGUCUGGUAG